AUGGUUUCUUUCUCUCAAAUGAAGCUGAUCUACGUUCUUUGCCUAUUUACUUUGCUCUUAAUUGCUACUCAACAAGUGAAUGCUGCAUGUGGUGCUGAAGGCUCAUGUCACGGUUUCGGAGGUGGAGAGUUGUGUAAUGACAGAUGCAAACGAUGUUCUGGCCCUACUGGAAAAUACAAACGGGGCGCCUGCUGUGGUACUUUGAAACAAGCUUGCUGCUGCUAUUACAGCUAA